AGCACCUAGGUCGGGGAAAGGAAUUUACCAACAUACCCGGAACAAGUUUUUUUCAGAUUUGAUAGGUUACGCGGCGGCUGCGGCGGCGGCUUCUGGAAGCUUAGGCAACCGAGGCCCUUCCAGGGUUGCGAGAGCGCCCCCUGGUCCCUCGCGUCCCGGGGCACAGCUCCCAGCAUGGCUCCGGUGUCAGGUGCGCGUAGCCCUGAAGCGGGGGCCUCCGGGGGGAAACGCCGCAGCUCGUCAAAGAGCCCCAAGCCCAGCAAGUCUUCCCGUUCCCCGCGGGGUCGUAGGUCUAGAUCGCGCUCUUGGUCUCGGUCUGGUGACCGGAACGGCCUAUGCCAUCAGCCGAGUAGCCUCAGCCAAGGCUCCCGAAACCAGUCCUACCGCUCGCGCUCUCGAUCACGCUCUAGAGAGCGGCCCUCGACGCAGCGGAGCACCCCGUUUACUUCUGCCUCCUCGUCCGCCUAUUAUGGCGGCUACUCGCGCCCCUAUGGGGGCGACAAGCCAUGGCCUAGCCUGCUGGACAAGGAGAGGGAGGAGAGUCUGCGGCAGAAGAGAUUAAGUGAAAGAGAGAGGAUUGGAGAGUUGGGAGCUCCUGAAGUUUGGGGACUUUCUCCAAAGAAUCCUGAACCAGACUCUGAUGAACACACACCAGUAGAGGAUGAUGAGCCAAAGAAAAGCACCACUUCAGCAUCUAGUUCAGAAGAUGAAAAGAAAAAAAGGAAAUCCAGUCAUUCAAAAGAAAGAACUAAGAAAAAAAGAAAGAAGAAGUCAUCUAAAAGAAAACACAAGAAGUAUUCUGAAGACAGUGACAGUGACUCUGAUUCAGAAACAGACUCCAGUGGUGAAGAUGCAAAAAGGAGAGCAAAGAAAGCUAAGAAAAAGGAAAAGAAGAAAAAGCGGAAAUCGAAAAAAUAUAAGAAAAAGAAGUCUAAGAAGAACAGAAAAGAGUCCAGUGAUUCAAGCUCUAAAGAAUCCCAAGAAGAAUUUGUAGAGAACCCUUGGAAGGAUCGAUCAAAAGCUGAAGAACCAUCAGAUCUAAUUGGCCCAGAGGCUCCAAAAACACUUGCCUCCCAAGAUGAUAAGCCUUUAAACUAUGGGCAUGCUCUGUUACCUGGUGAAGGUGCAGCUAUGGCUGAAUAUGUGAAAGCUGGAAAGCGUAUCCCACGAAGAGGUGAAAUUGGCUUGACCAGUGAAGAAAUCGCAUCAUUUGAAUGUUCGGGCUAUGUCAUGAGUGGUAGCAGGCAUCGCCGAAUGGAAGCCGUGCGACUACGAAAAGAGAACCAGAUCUAUAGUGCCGAUGAGAAGAGAGCCCUUGCAUCCUUUAACCAAGAAGAGAGACGAAAGAGAGAGAACAAGAUUCUGGCCAGUUUCCGAGAGAUGGUAUACAGAAAGACCAAGGGGAAGGAUGACAAAUGAUGGCUUUCUUACCUUGCAGUAGAUAUUUUUAACAACAAGAAAGAAAAUCUGGGUUCCACACAUAUACACGGAAAGAUUAUUUGUUUUGUCUGUUUGAGGGGAUUAUUUUUUGGCAUGUCUUCUUAAGUAAUCCAGGCUGGCCUCAGACUGUAGCAGAGGUAACUUUGAAUUCUUGAUCUCCUGCAUCCACCUUCCAGUUGUUCAGAUUCCAGAUGUGUGCCACAACACAAAGUUAUGCUCUGGAAAAUCUUUGCAGUGCUACUGUGCCUUCUACUUCGUUCUUUCAGUCCUUCAAUAAAAGUCUGCUAUCGAUA